AUGUUCGGUGGUGGAGGGGCAGCCAGGUGCCGGAGAAGCCAGGAUUUCCCAAGUCAGGUCCCUUGGGUGAGGACCGGGUCUGGGCGUGAGGGGACCCAGUGGGACGCAAAGCGAGAUCCUGUGGGAGAAGCGGACCGGCUCUCUGGGGGCCAGGCCACCCCGGGCGGGCCACGGGCACCCAGGACCCUGCUCCCGUCCGAGACUCUGCCCCGCAGACCAGGAUUUGGCCUGCAGCCCCUUGACGUCAGCUCCCGGCAGGCAGAGGAUGCCCACCGAGCCCAGAGUCCUCUGCCCUGGGGACAGUCGUCCUGGCUCAGGGACCCUGACCUGGGCCUGGAGCCUGGAGAUGGUGCGGGUGACUCCGUGGACACUUCUGGUUGCGGGGGCCCGCCAGGACUCCGGGAGGCCAGACCAGCUCAGACCGUGGGCCCAACCCUGCGGGAAGCCCCAUUUCAUCCGGGGGCGACAGGGGUGGGGGACGGGGAGUGGGGGGAGGCUGACCUGCUCCCCCUACAGGCCCACCUGCCCCCAGGCCAGGAGCUGCACCAGCUCCCGCAGUGGCCGCUCCGGCCCUCAGGCCCCCAGCUUCAAGCCAAGCAGUGGACUGUGGUGGCCCUCAGGCAGCUGAGCCCCGAGUGGGAGCCGUGGCCAGGCCACGUGGCUGGCCGCCCUCACACCCUGCUGUCCCCACGCCUCCCCUCACACCUCCUCCCGUGA